AUGAGCCUGAUGGGCCCCCACUGCGAAGAGCCGUGCGGCAGGGACGGGGAAGCCUUCUCAGCCCCAGGGACGCCCUGCCUGCUGGACAUGUUCCUACAGACGAGAGCAGAGCAGCCCCCGCGAGUGCUCCGGCCAGGCCCUGCUGUGUCUCGAGCCCAGCAAAUUGUCCUGAGGGUGGCAGAGCUCGGCAGGCGUAAAGCUCAUGAGCGGGCUCUGGAGCGGAUCCAGCCCUGCCUCUGGUAUCGCGAAACGAGCAGCAGCGUGUUCAAUGAGGUUGUGCAGAUGAACUUUGAAAUUGCCAGCUUCAGCAGCCUCUCGGGGACUCAGCCCGUCACGUGGCAGGUCGAGUACCCACGGAAGGGGACCACGGACAUCGCGGUGUCCGAGAUCUUCGUCAGCCAGAAGGACCUGGUCAGCAUCGUCCCCCUGGCUAUGGACACGGAGCUUCUGAACACCGCCAUCCUCACAGGGAAGACUGUGGCCGUGCCCAUCAGGGUGGUCUCUGUGGAGGAGAGCAGUGCCGUGACGGAUAUCUCGGAGUCAGUGGAGUGCAAGUCCAUGGAUGAGGACGUCAUCAAGGUGUCCGACCGCUGCGACUACGUCUUUGUCAAUGGCAAGGAGGUGACGGGCAAGGCGGACGCGGUCGUGAACUUCACGUACCAGUACCUGAGCGCCCCCCUUCACAUCACCGUGUGGGUGCCCCGGCUGCCCCUGCAGAUCGACGUCUCUGACACGGAGCUCAGCCAGAUUAAGGGCUGGAGGGUCCCCAUCGUGGCCAGUAAGAGGCCCACUCGAGAGAGCGAGGAUGAGGAUGAGGAUGAACGGAGAGGCCGGGGCUGCACCCUGCAGUUCCAGCAUGCCACCGUGCGGGUCCUCACCCAGUUCGUGUCUGAGGGCACCGGUCCCUGGGGCCAGCUGAGCCACCUGCUCAGUCCCGACUGGCAGUUCGACAUCACCCACCUGGUGGCCGACUUCCUGAAGUUGGAGGAGCCUCAUGUCGCCACGCUGCGGGACAGCAGGGUCCUGGUCGGGCGGGAGGUUGGCAUGACGACCAUCCAGGUCUUGUCCCCACUGUCCGACUCUAUUCUGGCAGAGAAGACGGUGACCGUGUUAGAUGACAAAGUAUCAGUGACAGACGUGGCUGUCCAGCUGGUGGCUGGGCUAUCUGUCACCCUCCACCCCAACACAGAGAACAGCAAGGCCAUCACAGCUGUGGCCACAGCAGAGGAGCUGUUGAGGAAGCACAAACAGGAAGCCGUGGUCAGCGCUUGGCUGCACUGCAGCGAUGGCUCGGUGACGCCCCUGGACAUCUAUGACCCCAAGGACUUCUCACUGGCUGCCACCUCCCUGGACGAGGCCGUGGUGUCUGUCCCCCAGGCUCGCUCUGCCAGGUGGCCCGUCGUGGUGGCAGAAGGGGAAGGCCAGGGGCCACUGGUCCGCGUGGACAUGUCGAUCGCAGAGGCCUGCCAGAAAUCCAAACGCAAGAGCGUCCUGGCCGUGGGCUUCGGCACCGUCAGGGUUAAGUUCGGACAGAACGACGCUGACUCCAGCCACGGUGGGACCCGCGACGAGGACGAGAUCAAGAACCACGCCAGCGACCGCCGGCAGAAGAGCCCGGACCAGGAGCGCGCGGGCCAGGACGGGCAUGCGCUGCAGAACAUCCCCAUCGACUUCACCAACUUCCCGGCCCACGCGGACGUCCCCAGGGCGGGCGGCGGGCUGGAGGAGAACGACCUGGUGCAGAGCCCGCGCGGCCUGAGCGACCUGGAGACCGGCAUGUACGCGCUGCUGGGCGUCUUCUGCCUGGCCAUCCUGGUCUUCCUCAUCAACUGCGCGGCCUUCGCGCUCAAGUACAGGCACAAGCAGGUGCCCCUGGAAGGGCCGGCCUCCGUGAGCCACUCUCACGACUGGGUGUGGCUCGGCAACGAGGCAGAGCUCCUGGAGAACGUGGGGGACACGUCACCGCCCCAGGACGAGCGCACCACCAUCCUCGACCGCGGACUCGGACUCGGGGGCUGCGAGGAGAGCAGCCACCUCCUGCUCAACGGCAGCUCCCAAAAGCCGGCGCAGAGCCAGGGCCACAGGUCGGCCGACCCCGGGGGCAAGCAGGAGCCCCUGCACUCCCCCACCUCCAAAAGGAAGAAGGUGAAGUUCUCCACCUUCACCACCAUCCCGCCCGACGACGGCUGCCCAACUGUGAACUCCAUCCUCAGCACGGGGGAGGAGGUCAAGUGGGGGCGCCCGGGCGUGGGCGUGGGCGCCCCCGAAGGACUCGGAAACUACCUGGAGAAGUUCAAGGACAAGGUGUAGGCCUCUCUGGACAGUGGUGUUGCUGGUAGGGACAGGGGGGAGGCCUGGGGCCCUAUGAUAGCCCAGCUAAAAGGUCUAAGCCGGGAAGGAAUGUUUUUUGUAUCAAGAGGUUUUUUUUUAGCUGUUGUUGAUGGCGGAUUUUCAAAGUCAGAGGAAUAAACUCUGGGGCAGGGGUGCAGAUUAAGACAUGGAAUGGUGAAAUCAGGAAGGUUAUUUUAUGAGUCACAGUAUAAUACGGACAAGCUACCAAAAAUUAUUUGUUAAAAAAAAUGCAAAAAGACAAAUAAAAAGAGACAGAGCUCAUAGCCUGUUUAUAUUUCUAAUA